UUGAAGCCGCGUACGCUAGUCCGACCAGAGCCAAUCAUCACUUUCUUCUGCAAACUUACAACCGACCGAUUCGAACAAAUUCCCCAAACCGUUAAACUCUAUCAAAAGUUAAAAAGGAAUUUCUCAAAGCGCAAUCGCUGAAUCACCGCCGUUAAAAAUCCAAUCGACGGCUACCCGUCCUCCUCUAAUCCGGCGACGACUCACGGCUGCGUACACAUUUUUUUUACCGGAAUGAUGAUAUGAAAUCUAAGCAGGAUUCUGCAUUCUUGUCGUUUUAGAUCGCCGGUUAUAAAUGGGAAUUCGCCGUAGCCUGAAUCCCCUCCUCAAUAUCCUGAUUUUGGCGUGUUUAGUGGUGGUGUUGACCGAUCGAUUUCCCUCCGCUCAUGGAAAAUCUAGCGGCAGUGCCACAAAUGAUGCUGAUAUCACCCCCAUCAAUCACGAUCUUUACCAUACUAGUGGAGCUCUACUGGAGGAAGUCAAAUCAUUGGUUCAUCGCCACCCAGAUAAACUCUCGAUUGAGACACUGUCUGGGAAGAAUAAGGGAUAUAAGGCAGAGAUCACUGUUGUUACGUAUGACCGUGAUAGGAAAGACAAUGAUGACAAAGCAAAGCUCAGGAUUCUGCUUACUUUUGGACAGCAUGGUAGGGAGCUUAUUACGACUGAGCUAGCAUUGCGGUUUCUCUCCAUCCUGAGCGAAGAGGAGUUUUUACCCAACAUCAACCGUUCUACUUUUAACAGGAUACUUAGUAGGCUUGUCAUAAAGGCUGUUCCAAUGGAAAAUUUGAAUGGCCGCAAACUUGUUGAAGAUGGAGAGCUUUGUGAAAGAAGAAAUGGAAGAGGAGUUGAUCUUAACCGUAAUUGGGGUGUAGAUUGGGGUAAAAAGGAGAAGGACUAUGAUCCAUAUGAAGAGAAUCCUGGGACAGCUCCUUUUAGUGAGCCUGAGACACAACUUAUGCGAAAAUUGUCCGUUUCAUUCGAACCACACAUUUGGGUAAAUGUGCACUCUGGGAUGGAGGCUUUGUUUAUGCCAUAUGAUCACAAAAAUACGACGCCAGAUGGGGUACCUUCACAGAUAAUGAAAUCAAUGCUUGAAGCGUUGAACCACAUUCACCUCAAAGAUAGUUGCUUAAUAGGCUCUGGUGGAGCAUCUGUUGGGUAUCUUGCCCAUGGCACAGCUACUGACUACAUGUAUGAUGUUGCAAGGGUGCCCAUGGCUUUUACUUUUGAGAUAUUUGGAGAUCUCAAAGCCUCCCAAAAAGACUGCUUCAAAAUGUUCAAUCCUAUAGACAUCAUCUCCUUCAACAGAGUUCUCAACGAUUGGUCAGCUGCAUUCUUCCAAAUGUUCACCAUGGGUGUGCAGCAGAUGGAUGGACUACAAUCUAAGGCAGUAGCGUCCAGUUUCGACCAUUGGGUAUCGAUAGACGACUAUCUUAACGGAUAUCUGAUGCACAGGAAAAGCAGAUAUGGGAAGAAGAUGGAGGUUCUUGAGCUAGGACUGCGGGAGAUGAGGACGUAUUUCAGAUUGUUUUUGCUAUCUUCUGUCCUCCUGCUCUUCAUGUUCUGCUCUAGAAUUUCCAAGAGCACUCGCCCGCUCGUUUCUGCCAUCUCACUCUAAUUAAAUUAGUUUCAAAAUCCUUAUUAUUUUCCCCAAUUUUUUGCUGUGGAUGGAGCAGUGAUUUUUUGUCCACAUGUAUAUUAUAAUUGCCUAGUGAUAUGUAAUCUUGCUGUGGAUGGAGCAGUGAUUUUUUGUCCACAUUUAAAGUUCUUGUCACAGUGAAAAGCAUCAGCCGUAUAUAUUGAGUAAAGAUAUAGCAUAUACA